UGGAUGGUAUUAUACAAAUUGGAUGGGGAAUGUUGAGAAUGGAGUCUUCCCUCACGGCCGACUGGAGCGGUGCUGAAGACGACCAACUGGACCGAGCUUUCCUCGUGGACGAAUUGUCGCUCGUCGUCCCAGAGACUCCCAGCCCGCAGCUCACCAAGGUCAGGCGAUGGACACGUAUUGCAGAGGACCCGUCCAGCCCGGUGAUGACACGUCGUUCAGCGGCUCGAGCGAAACGUUCCCACGCCGCCGUCGGUGCGUCCGGACCGCCUAAGCGCAGGAAGCUAGCGACGGCGCGGGAGGAACGCGGCCUGAUGGCCGUGUCUGCCACAGGACUGUCUCCCGUCCACGGCUGGCUGGAUGCUUCCCCUGCUUUGUCCUCGUAUUCGUCAUCCUCGUCGUCAUCCUUAUCCUCCCCCGUGACGAUGACCUCGGAAGUGGUGGCGAAGCCGGCGGUCGGUUCGCCGUCCGACUCGUUGUCCUUCCUGACGGCGGAGGAGAGGAGGUGGCUGAGCGGCGAGCAGCACGCUGCCUCAACAGCAGCAGUGCAGGAUGUUGUCAUCGACGAUGACGACGGCGACUUGUCGGUUCGCGCGGUGCAGAUGGAGGAAGACGAAGCUUUUGCGCGAAGCCUGCAGGCUCACUUUGACCAAGAGGAGGCGGAGUCACAUCACCGACAUCAUCACAGGCACGACGCGCUCCACCACGCUCACGCCGACCGCUCACCACGGCGAGGGAUAGGUCGCCGCGGAAGACGCCAGCAGAGGACCGCGGAUGACUUGUCCGACGACGACGACUACGAGGCGCUCCUGGCGCUGGAGGAACAGCAGGGGGCCGUCGUGUCCAAGAAGCUGCCACGCACCCAAGUCCUGCGCUUCCCCGUCAAGUGCUUCCGGCCGGGCGCUGGCAACGCGCGAUGUCAGAUCUGCUUCGGCGACUACGACGAUGGCGAUCAACUGAGGAUGUUGCCAUGUUUCCACGACUACCACGUGGCCUGUAUCGACCGCUGGUUGCGGGAUAACACCACCUGCCCCAUAUGCAGAGUCGACCUGGCCGACCUCUGACCUCUUGUACAUUGCAUGCAUGUGUUGUUCUCAUCUUUCUUAAUAAAAACUCGAAUUUUGUUGACCUUAAA